AUGGCAAACCACUUCAGACCCUUGUUCAUAACAGCAAACUUUGGGAGUGUUCCUAUUCCGAAAAUCAUGGUAGAUGGAGGAGCAGCCAUCAACCUUCUGCCUCACAGAAUGCUGAGCAAGAUGGGCAGAACAGAAAGGGAUUUGAUUCCAACCCGUUUGACUGUCACCAAUUUCGCAGGGGGCAUCAUCAAGACUCAUGGGAUCUUAGAUGUGGAUGUUAUAGUAGGAAGCAAGAAGCUGAAGAUUUCAUUCUUUGUGGUAGAUACUACUUCUACCACUUACAAUGCACUGCUUGGCAGAGACUGGAUUCAUCAAAGUCUAUGUGAUCCUUCCACUCUUCAUCAACAGUUACAUGGAGAUAGUAGAGGCCGAUCCACGGCCAUUUCUGCCUUCUGCCAUGUGUUUCGAAGUAAGGAGAAGGAUCGAGCUGCAACAAUCCGAUCCAUUACAAAAAGAUUGUUGAUAUACUGGGAGGAAAGAAGGCUCUUCAUGCAGAAUCCAGCCAUCAAUAUGGCUGAAUUCACUCAUGAAAGCACGGAAGACCAGGAGGAAGAAGAGUUACAAGAGGAAGUGUUAGAUUUUGCGCCAGCAGCACUGGAUGACUCUCUGCCAUAA